AAAUCAGGAACAAGAAACAAAGAGAAAACAAGAUCCACCUCGAACCUCUCUCCUCCUCUCUCCUCCGUCCUCCUCCUAACCUCAUCAAUCAUCGGUCAUCAGUCAAUCCCUCACCCUCUCAAUCAGCUUACAACAACUACAUCCAAAUCCAAAUCCAAAUCCAAAUCCCACAACUUCUCUCUCUCCUGUACCAUACAGUAGGCACUAGCAAAGUACCAAAACUGAGCUGCUGUGAGUCUCUCUUUGAGAUCCAAGGAGGAGGAUGAAUCUUGCAUGACAUCUGAGUCUGUCUCUGUGUUUUGAUUUGUAGGCGAUCCGAUCAACCAUCCGAGCCCUCACCCACUCACUGACUGCGUGACUGAUUUCCUAUUGAAUUGUAUUGAAUUGAAUAAUGAGGGAAGAUGAUGAGUCGAAUUGGUUCUCAAGGUGGGAAGAAGAGCUGCCUUCUCCUGAGGAGCUCAUGCCCUUAUCCCAAACCCUUAUCACUCCUGAUCUUGCCCUCGCCUUUGACAUCUCCCACCAACACCCUCCUCCCCAUUCCCAAUCCCAACCCCAACCUCAACCCCCCCACACACCCCCUCCCCCUCCUCCUCCUCCCAAUUCCCUUCCUCCCGCUACCCCCACCCACCCCAACUCCUCCGCUGACUUCGCCGACUCCGCUGACUUGGGCUCCGGCGCCGCCGGCGAUGAGCCCGCCCGCACCCUCAAGCGCCCCCGCCUCGUCUGGACCCCCCAGCUCCACAAGCGCUUCGUUGACGCCGUUGCCCACCUCGGCAUCAAGAACGCCGUCCCCAAGACCAUAAUGCAGCUCAUGAGUGUCGACGGCCUCACCCGCGAGAAUGUUGCCAGCCAUCUGCAGAAGUAUCGUCUUUAUCUCAAGCGGAUGCAGGGCUUGUCUGGAGGUUCUGCAGGUGGUGCCGGCGGGGGUGCCGCUGGCUUGGCCGCCUCUGCCGACCCUGCCACCGAUCAUUUGUUCGCCAGCUCCCCAGUUCCGGCUCAUUUCCUGCACCCGCACCCUGGGGGGCGGCCCAAUUCCGAGCAUUUCUUGCCGUUUGUGCCGGUGGCUCUGCAGCAGCACCACCAUCACCAGCAGCAGCAGCAACAGCAGCAAAUUGCAGCGGCAGUGGCAGCCCAUCCGCAGUAUCACAGGCAGGUGGGGCAUUUUGGGUCGCCACCAAACGGGCAAUUUGAGCACCCAUUCUUGGCGAGGCAGUCGUCACAGCCGGUUCAUAGGAUGGGGGCACCGCUGCACAAUUCAGGCUAUGUAGAGGACUUGGAAUCAGCGAAUGCAUCUGGUGGCAGGAAAGUUCUUACUCUAUUUCCAACUGGGGAUGAUUGAAUUUUGGAGUUUUCUUGCUGGCAAGGCUUUCUCAUUGGUAUGGCUGGUAGCCUGGUAGGAGUGGGAGAAGCAACAGUUGACUAAUUUUGAACUUUGCAAACGAGGAUAAAUAAUGCUAGCAAGUGCUCCUUAGGUUCUCUAGAUAUCUAAAGAUGCAGUUGGUAACUGUGUUUGAACACAUUUGGCACCGCUUUUCUUGGCUUUUGGGAGUUAUGCCAUGUAUCUGAGUUUAGUAUCAUAUAGAGGUAAGUUUUACUUAUUGUACAUUGUGUAUGUUUGUGGACAACUUAAACCCCCUGAUGCUAGGGGUCUGUUGAAACAAUUCUGAUUUUAUUAGAAGGUUAUCUUAAUUCUGGCUCUAUA